AUGGCCGACACGAUUUUUGGCAGUGGGACAGGCCAGUGGGUGUGCCCCAAUGACCGGCAGCUGGCACUACGUGCCAAGCUCCAGACGGGCUGGUCGGUGCACACGUUUCAGACUGAGAAGCAGAGGAAGAUGCAGGCUCUGAGCCCGCAGGAACUUGAGGUCAUUCUGGAAGUCAUCCGUAAGGCGGAGAAAUUGGACAUCAUCGAGCAGCAGCGCAUUGGGCGUCUGGUGGAGCGGCUGGAGAACAUGAGGAAGAAUGCGAUGGGCAACGGCCUCUCCCAGUGUCUGCUCUGCGGUGAGCUGCUCGGGCUGCUGGGCAGCACGUCAGUCUUUUGUCAGGAUUGCAAAAAGAAAGUUUGCACCAAGUGCGGAAUAGAAACCUUUGGAACCCAGAAACGUCCUCUUUGGUUGUGCAAGAUCUGCAGUGAACAGAGAGAGGUUUGGAAGAGGUCUGGUGCGUGGUUCUACAAAGGGCUGCCCAAGUACAUCACGCCUUUGAAGAGCAGCAGCAAAUCCAGUGAGAUGCCCUCGCAGCCUUGGCAAAGUGAGCCAGCUGUGCCGGAGGUGGAGAGUGUCAGGACCAGCCGAUCCUUCACCUGGGCCAGGGGAAAAGGUUGAUUGUCUGCUCCUUGUCCAGGAAACAGGCGGGGAGAGGGGGAGGAUUAG